AUGAGAGAAAUUGUUCAUAUCCAGGCCGGACAGUGCGGUAAUCAAAUUGGAUCCAAGUUUUGGGAGGUGAUUUCUGAUGAGCAUGGAAUCGACCCGGAUGGCCAAUAUGUUGGCGACUCUGACCUACAAUUGGAGAGAAUUAGUGUGUAUUACAAUGAGGCAGGGCAAAACAAAUACGUUCCAAGAGCUGUACUGGUGGAUCUUGAACCAGGAACUAUGGAUUCUGUGAGAUCGGGUCCCUUCGGUCAACUAUUCCGACCAGACAACUUUGUUUUUGGACAAAGCGGAGCGGGAAACAAUUGGGCCAAAGGGCAUUACACGGAAGGUGCCGAACUUGUUGACAAUGUUUUGGACGUUGUGCGUAAAGAAGCGGAAGGAUGCGAUUGUCUUCAAGGGUUUCAACUUACUCAUUCGCUCGGUGGAGGUACCGGAUCGGGAAUGGGUACACUGUUGAUCUCGAAAAUCCGCGAAGAAUACCCCGAUCGCAUUAUGAACACAUUCUCUGUUGUUCCGAGCCCAAAAGUUUCCGACACUGUCGUCGAGCCCUACAAUGCUACACUAUCGGUUCAUCAGCUAGUUGAGAACACCGAUGAAACAUUCUGUAUCGAUAAUGAAGCCCUGUACGACAUUUGCUUCCGCACACUCAAGCUCACGACUCCAACUUACGGAGAUUUGAAUCAUCUUGUUAGUGCAACAAUGAGUGGAGUUACUACUUGUUUGAGAUUCCCAGGACAGCUCAAUGCUGAUCUUCGCAAACUUGCGGUUAACAUGGUCCCAUUCCCCCGUUUGCAUUUCUUCAUGCCAGGAUUUGCUCCAUUGACUAGCCGUAGCAAUCAACAGUACCGUGCUGUCACCGUGCCAGAGCUCACACAGCAAUGCUUCGAUGCCAAAAACAUGAUGGCGGCCUGUGAUCCAAGGCAUGGAAGAUACCUCACCGCUGCAGCUAUUUUCAGAGGAAGGAUGAGCAUGAAGGAAGUUGAUGAGCAAAUGCUGAACAUCCAAAACAAGAACUCAUCAUACUUCGUCGAUUGGAUUCCAAACAACGUCAAGACCGCAGUGUGCGAUAUUCCGCCAAGAGGACUUAAGAUGUCAGCAACUUUCAUCGGAAACUCUACAGCCAUUCAGGAGCUCUUCAAGAGAAUUUCUGAGCAAUUCACGGCAAUGUUCCGCCGUAAAGCUUUCCUCCAUUGGUACACUGGCGAAGGUAUGGAUGAAAUGGAGUUCACCGAAGCCGAAAGCAACAUGAACGACUUGGUCUCUGAAUACCAGCAAUACCAAGAAGCUGCUGCUGAUGAGGAUGCCGCUGAAGCAUUCGAUCAAGAGUAG